AAGCGGAAGUGUGGGAGGGUCUGCGGGGCGUGCUCGGGGAGGUCCCCGGGGAGGAUGGGGCAGUGAGCGGGCUUGGGCGGCUGCCGGCAGCGCCAUGGAGACGGUGCAGCUGAGGAACCCGCCGCGCCGGCAGCUGAAAAAGUUGGAUGAAGACAGUUUAACUAAACAACCAGAAGAAGUGUUUGAUGUCUUAGAGAAACUUGGAGAAGGGUCCUAUGGCAGCGUGUACAAAGCUAAUCAUAAAGAGACUGGCCAGAUUGUUGCUAUUAAGCAAGUUCCUGUGGAAUCUGACCUGCAGGAGAUAAUCAAAGAAAUCUCUAUAAUGCAGCAAUGUGACAGCCCUCACGUAGUCAAAUAUUAUGGCAGUUAUUUUAAGAACACAGACUUGUGGAUUGUUAUGGAGUACUGUGGGGCUGGUUCUGUGUCUGAUAUCAUUCGAUUACGAAAUAAAACGUUAACAGAAGAUGAAAUAGCUACAAUAUUACAAUCAACACUUAAAGGACUGGAAUACCUUCAUUUUAUGAGAAAAAUACACCGAGAUAUCAAGGCAGGAAAUAUUUUGCUAAAUACAGAAGGACAUGCAAAACUUGCAGAUUUUGGGGUAGCAGGUCAACUUACAGAUACUAUGGCCAAGCGAAAUACAGUGAUAGGAACACCAUUUUGGAUGGCUCCAGAAGUGAUUCAGGAAAUUGGGUACAACUGUGUGGCAGACAUCUGGUCAUUGGGAAUAACUGCCAUAGAAAUGGCUGAAGGGAAGCCCCCGUAUGCAGAUAUCCAUCCAAUGAGGGCAAUCUUCAUGAUUCCUACAAACCCUCCUCCCACAUUCCGAAGGCCAGAACUGUGGUCAAAUAACUUCAUGGAUUUUGUGAAGCAGUGUCUUGUAAAGAGCCCUCAGCAGAGAGCCACGGCCACUCAACUCCUACAGCACCCAUUUGUCAAGAGUGCCAAAGGAGUGUCAAUACUGCGGGACUUAAUUAAUGAAGCCAUGGAUGUGAAACUGAAACGCCAGGAAUCCCAGCAACGGGAGGUGGAUCAGGACGAUGAAGAAAACUCAGAGGAGGAUGAAAUGGAUUCUGGCACGAUGGUUCGAGCAGCAGGUGAUGAGAUGGGCACUGUCCGAGUAGCCAGCACCAUGAGUGAUGGAGCCAAUACUAUGAUUGAGCACGAUGACACAUUGCCGUCACAGCUGGGCACCAUGGUGAUCAAUGCGGAGGACGAGGAAGAGGAAGGGACUAUGAAAAGAAGAGAUGAGACCAUGCAGUCUGCAAAACCAUCUUUCCUUGAAUACUUUGAACAAAAAGAAAAGGAAAAUCAGAUCAACAGCUUUGGCAAGAGCGUACCUGGCCCACUGAAGAACUCUUCUGAUUGGAAAGUACCACAGGAUGGAGACUAUGAGUUUCUGAAGAGUUGGACAGUGGAGGACCUUCAGAAGAGGCUCUUGGCCCUCGACCCCAUGAUGGAACGGGAGAUUGAAGAGAUCCGGCAGAAGUACCAGUCGAAGCGGCAGCCAAUCCUGGAUGCCAUUGAGGCUAAGAAGCGGCGGCAACAAAACUUCUGAGCACAGCCGGGCCAGGAGGCUCCCGCCUCCACACGGGCCUGCGGUGAACUCUGGAUUGCUCGCCACCCACAUUUGUUAGCUGCACUUCUGCUUCACCAUUUCUCCACAGCACCUUUGUGAACUCAGGAAUGUGCGCCAGUGGGAAGGGCCGCCUUGACAGUCAGCGUGCCAUCUUGAUGUGUGUAUUUAAAUUGGUCAGGUAUAUCAUUUCAAAGGACUUAUACUGGCGCUUUUAAACUCAGAGUUUUAAACCCCAAGAACAGAGACUCCUAGUUGAGUGAUAGCUGGGAAAGUUUUACAUAAUGUCUUUUGUUUUUCUUCCCCCAAUAGCUUGCAAUUGUUCUUUCUGGAAGACUUUUAAAAAAUAUAUAAAUAUGCAUAUAUAUAUAAAUUAUAACUAGAUUCCCCACUCAGUGUGGUGGCAUCUUUGUACAGGUACAGUUUUAAACAGUUUGCCUCUUUUCUGUAAGAUUAUGGUACUGUGGAACAUGAGGGCAGCGGACACCGGGAGGCUGUUGGGGUCACUCGACCCCCAGGAGCCAGCCUCCCCCUUUUGCAGGGAUGCAUUGAAAAAUCAGGUUUGGGCCAGUUCUUUCACCAUAGUUUCAGCCCUUUGGGUCGUCCCUGGCCCAUGGAGCUGUGGGUGAUGCCCAAGGGAAAGCCCUGGGGGUUACGUUCACUGUUUUAGUCCCCAGAGAAGCUGGCACCCUCUUUGCACUUUGCGAAUUGGCUGUUGUGGUUUCAACGCCUUUCAUCCAUCUCCACUCUCCCAACUGCCCAGAGUCACAGCACAGAUACUGCCCAGUGCCUUAAGAGGAGAUUCGAUCCAGUGAGGGGACAGGCCUGCCAGGCACUCCCAGGAAACAUGGGGCUGUGUUCAGUCCGCAGAAGGGAAAGUUUCGAAAUUCUCAUUGUUUAUGUGAAGAUCACAUACGUGGCAUUUUGUUCCACGUUCCUUACAGACAGGGUUAGAGGGCAUUGCUUUUGUGAUCCACAUUCAAAUAUGUGACUGUUUUCUUUUUUAUUUUACUGCUAAGGGGUCUGGAAAGGAUACAUGAAUAGCAGACUAAGAUUUGUUCUCCAAGAGGCUCAACCCAGACAUUUAGAAUGCCAGAGCUGGAAGGGACCAUAGACAUCAUCUGGCCUGCCUGAGGCUCCGAGAGGGGAAGUGACAUGGCCAAAAGCACAAAGCAAGUUAAAAUAAGAGCUGGGACUAGACCUCGAGGCUUCUUACUCCUGGGCCAUUGAAUCGUGCAGCCCCUUCUCUGAGAGAAGAAACUAGAAGCCCCUUCUCUGAGAGAAGACAGUUUGGGUUAAGUUGUCCCAGGGAACCUGCUAAUGGAAACGUGCUCUUUGUCUCUCCAGUGGAUGACUGGCUGUGAGGAGAUUCCCAGGGGAGCUAGAUCGUUCAGUUUCAGCCAUUCCAUGAGCUCUGGGGCAUCUGCCAGAGAGCAGACAAGCCUCCUGCAGGCAGAUUAGGGCCUAAAGCAGAUCAGAGGGCUUUGCACAAGACAGCACUGAGCCAUCCCUCUGCAGCAUUGGCUCAAGGCCACAUGUCAUUUAGUCCCAGCUAAGAGCAGUUGGGAAAAGCAGAUGUCUUUUUAUUUUCUAAUAUCUCCUUCCCUCGGAUAGGGGAGCUAUGACUCAGUUGCACCUGAGGAUACUGUAAUUUCACUCCCUAAUUGCUUUGCUUCCCCAAACCUGGGAAUCAAUGGAAGGGCAGGGAAUGUUCCUCUUCUGUGGCCAGAUUCUGUUCUUUGCAAUUAAAGCGAAUUUUUAAAAAUACAAGAGGCAGUUGUUGGUCCGCAGGGCUUGGCCAGUUAAGCAGCUAUGUGGCAGAUACAGAGACUAGCGGACAAUUUGAGGAUCCCACUAGAAUAAUAAAUGGCAGCUAGCAUUGGCGACCACAUAUUAUAUGCCAGGCACUGAGCUAGACAGGCUCUUUAUAUAUGGCAGCUCUUCACAAUAACUCCAUGAGUUAAGUGCUUUGUCUUCAUUCCAUAGAUGAAGAAACAGGUUCAGUGAGAAAAAACAUUCUUUCCCAAGGCAAUACAGCUAGUAAGUGGUAGAAUUUAGGAUUUAUAGUGUCACCAUAUGGGGCCAAUAUUUAUAGGGAAAAGGAAAAUCAUAAGUCUUCUUAAAAUUAAGUGACCACCUUUUCUUGCACAGACUAACUAACUCUAACUGGCAUUUUUAGGUUGGGAAACAGCUGAAUUAGUAGUCAAGUCUGACAGUCAAGUAAGUUUUAAAAACCAAACCAUGGAGUAUGGAUUCCCCCACACCAUCUGCUGUGCUAAUUAACAGUCCUGCCUCAGUCUCUUUCUUUUUUAAAAAGGACUUUGCACUUGGCCAGACAGGAGGGGAAUGCCCAUUUUCUCCCUUCCUAAGCUAGAUCCAAGUAAAAGAAGGUUCAGUUUUUCCCCAUAAAUAUUCUUGGGUCAUGAAUCUUGAUCUGGAGUUUGUUUUGUUUCAAGCACGUGUGCACCCAACAUGCUAGUCCAACAAAGUACAUUGCUCUCCAGUCUAACUAGACAGAGCCCUUUGGCCAGAACUCGGUUUCUUUGGGAUCAGAUAAAUUUCCUGACAAGGUGUAUUUGUUUUCUAGUGACAGGCAGAGGAGCAAGUCCUAGCCAUUUUUUUCCUUGAAUACUAAAUUCAAGACAGAUCAACUUGCCUCAUUGAGCCCCGAGCUUCAGUCAUUGCUUGAGCAUUUGUAACUCAAGCUUCCAGUGAACUCUGAGCCCCUCACUUGUUCUCUUCUUCUAAGAAACAAUGACCCACAACCAAUUGUAUCAUUUAAAAAAAUCUCAGAUUCUCUAGGACUAUCUCAAUUGCUUUCUCAUCAGUAAUUUUGAAGCAGAUUUCUAUUUUUCUUUUGUCCCUUUUCCCAACGACCAGUUGGAAGGAUGUAUGAAUGGAUGGAUAUAUAGAUAGAUAGAUAGACAGACAGACAGACAGACAAACAGGACCAAUACUCUGAAGCAACUUAAAAACUAUAGCCUUGACUCCUUGAGACUGUAGAUUUGGAUCCAGGAAAUAUUUAUUUAGCAUCUGCCAGAUGCCAGAAGUUUAUUAUACCAUUUAGAACUCACUGGCUCUUACCAGUAUCAGGAAUGAGAGCAGUGACAUCAUUAUAGGUCCUACAGAUAUUAAAAGGUUAAUAACAAUAUUAUGAACAACUUCAUGCUAAUAACUUCAACAACCUAAAUAGUACGGACAAAUUCCUUGAAAGAUGCAAAGUCUCAAAGCUCACUCAAGAAGAAAUAGAUGAUCUGAAUAGCCCUAUGUCUAUUAAAACUGAAUAGCUCUGGGAGAUAUAGGUAUUAUUGUCCUCAUUUUACAGAUAAGGAGACUGAGGCUCAGAGAGGUGAAGUCUGUUGCUCAAGGUCAGGUAGCUAAAAUACGGCAGAGCUAGGAUUCCAAUCCAGGUCUUCUGAUCCUUAUUCUAGUGCCCUUUCCAGCAUACCAUGUUGCCUCUAAAGAUUGCAGCUCCUUAUUUACUGGAAAAUUGUUCCUGCCCAGUCCACACCUCCCACCCCAUCCUUCCUUAAGCACUGUGUUUGUGUUUUCAUCAGGAUUAUAUUCGUUGUAUUUGGAAUCCAUGUUCUUUUUUGUGUUUGGAAAAACAAAAAUCUCUUCCACCAGCUUGCACUCAGACCAACUUGGAAAAAAAAAAAGCUUAAAUGCUGUUGCAGAUGUACAACUUAAAAAUGUGAAGUUUGUAGCUUUAACUUUUUGUAAUGAAAACUAAUAACACUGGCUUAAGUGCUGACUUGAAAUGCUAUUUUAUACAGUUUGGAUGUAAAUAAUCAGUCGAGGUCAGCAAUUUGUAUAUGUGUGAGACAUAGCUUCCUCCAUUGCCUUUUCUUUUUUUAAUUUGAAGUGCUUCCUGUGUGCUUUUGUUAGAAUUGUUGUUCUUCCUCCUUCCUACACCGUGUCACCUUUGUUUUAAAUAAACCGUCCCUUGGACCACAGA